GUCAAAGAAACGUCAAAACAAUGUUUGUAAACUAGAGAAAGUGUUAAAGUAUACACAUGUGUAGAGAUAGUGCGUAUUUCAGCUUUCACUUAUUGGUUUGUUAUUAAAAGGAAAAGUUUGAAAGAUGGUCCAAUAAUUAAGAAAGGAAGAUUAAAACGACAAUGUUUCUAACCUUAGUUUUAGUUUUCUUUAUGUUGAGUAGUGUCGCUACGAGUAACGUCACAGAUUUGCAGUUUAUACCAUGUAAUGAACUGGAUAUAAAAAAUGGGAAGAUUUCACUUGAAAUAAGUGACGUUUCCUUUGUACAAAUAGCCACGAUUCGAUGCCAACCUUCCUUUGAUUUAUACGGACCAGAUAAAUUAGCUUGUGUAAACGGAAAUUGGCAACCGGCAGCCCCAAUAAUUUGUAUGGCAAGGUGUGUUUCACCUCCAUAUCUUAAAGAUGGUAGUGUUGAGGUUGAAGGUGAUAAAGCUGAUGGGAUGUUUAAAAGAGGAUCUUUGGCAAAGUACUCUUGUGCUCCGGGCUAUGAUUUGAUUCCAUUAGAGAGUAAAUUUAGAGAGUGUAAAGAUGGAAUUUGGACUGGAACAACAGGAUUUUGUAUUGGGGUUAAACGAGAAGGGUGUAAAGCACCUGAACCUUUAAAAAAUGGAUAUUAUGUUCAUGAAAAUGUUGAUAAAAGUGGGGAAUAUGGAAUUGGGGAAAGAUUGCAUUAUAGUUGUAGUAAUGGCUAUGAAAUUUUUGGCACACCAAUUCAAACAUGUUUGGUUGAUGGUACAUGGUCACCUAAAAUUCCACCAAAAUGUAUUCCCUUACAAGAGGGAAUGCCCUGUGCGAAACUGCAGACCGUUCCUUACUCCAAAACGAGACCUAUAGGAUAUUCAGUUGCAUCCGGCUCAGAAGUUGAAGUUACAUGUAUGGACAGUAUUUUUGGUAUUCUACCUUGCUCCAGGGCGUCCAAAUUAAAAUGUAUUGAUGGAACAUGGAUUGGGACAUUACCAGAUUGCAGCUCCAGAGAAUGUGAACCACCACCUAAAGUACCUCACGCAACAAUGUUUAAUUUAAAUACUCAAAAGAGUGAUGUGCUAAAAACACAUUUCACCCAUACUCAAGUUUCGUACAGUUGUUAUCCAGGUUACGAAAUACGCGGCCAAGAAAUUUUAACUUGUAAUUCUGGUUGUUGGGUACCAAGGGAACCUCCUAUUUGUGUAAGCGUGGAGGAAGCGUACUUUGAAUCACCCGGGUCAACAAGCAGUCGAAUCUUAGCAUCUUUAGCCAGUGGAGUUUGUGUACUGUUACUUCUAGUUGUAAUUUGCUUAGUGGUGAUUUGUAAGAAACGAAAGCCGCUUUCUAGAGCUGUAUCUAUUCAGCCAACGGUUCCAAGACCCGAUUUAGGUGAUCACGCUUCUUUGUUGCAUCCACCAGAUAGAUUGGCGUUGAUAGCUUUUGCGGAUGGAAUUCAAGCGGCUCAGCCGGUGUUGCCGACUUAUGAAGAAGCUGUUCGGGAUUCUCGAGGAUUCAUAUCAGCCAGGAUCCACCGACCUCAUUGGCCUUUAAUAGCCGCGAGAAGGUCCAGGAACUCGCCGAAUCCCGACAACAUUCACGUGAAUCGUCAGGGAUCGUUUGCAUCUCAUUCGGCCAGUUUAAGAUCAGAUCCCAUGGGAUCCACGGAUACUAUGGCGGUUUCAGAAAAUUCCACUACGGUUACGUUAGAGACGGUUUCCUCGCAUAGUGGAUCUCAACCAGCUUCCUGUAGAGCCCAUUGCGGUAGUUUGGCGUCCUUCGAUACCAGCUCCGUACUUAACAAUGAAGGAGUCCCCCUUUUGGAGGAAAAUGAAUUGGAGGAAGUCCAAGGCGAUUCUAUCUCUUUGGCGAUGGAGAAUAGGUCCAUGACCGAUAAUAGCUCUUUUAAGCUCUCCACCGGAUCUGAUAUUCACUAGUAAAGAUUUUACAAACGUUACAAAAUAAUAGCAUAUCUCAGCUUUUCUAAUAGUUUAAAGGAUAAAGAAUAUAUGCUUCAUAGCUGGUGUACAUUUGUAAAAAGUUUAAAUGAAUUGUUAGUCAGUGUUCGACCAAAGCUUUCGAAACGUUUAAAAGAAAAUAAUAAUAUAUUGUAGUCUAGUCGAUAUUUUUGAAAUAACGUUGACUAUACAAAAACUUUCUUCUCUUCUCUAAGCUGUUCUCUCCUUAUCCCCUUUAACCCAGUUAAGUUUGAAUAUAAUAUUUCAUCGUUAUGAAUUCACCUGUUUAUUCACCCCACAAUAACCCUACGAAUAUUAUCGACAUUAUUUUCCAUUCUGUACAUAUUAUAAAUAAAUACAUUAUAUAGUAUUAUUAAACGUUAUACGGUGCCUAGUUUUAUAUUGUGAUUUAUGGAUAAAUUCCGUCUCUGUUCCCCUCGUCCCGUAGGUGUUUAAUGCCAUGCGGCGCGUGGGCGCGCGCGAGGCGCCCUCUCUUUGUGUUUAGAGAACUAAAUUAUAGAAAAUAGACAAUAAAGUGCGGACAUAAAUGUGG